CUAGUUGCACUCUGUGUAUGUCAGGAUCCAAGUAAUUGCACUGCACAGCAGUCUCAGGUCCUGGGCUGCAGGCACAAAGUCAGCUCCUCCAAAGACACUAAAUAAAGGAAAUAAAAGAACUCGGCUGCAUAAAGAACAACGUAUUCCCCCAACAAAUCCGAAGAGGAAUUCUAUCAUGUUAAAGCUGCAACCUAAAAGUGGAUAAUCUUUCUGAAUACUGAUUAAAUAAAUACAACAUACCAUUUGGGACUGUGUAUCUGGCUACAGUGGAGUGAGAGACCAAAAGCUAGCUCUGCAGUAAGUAACAACAAAAGGACCAGACACUCCAGAAUCAGAAGUUUACAAACAAACUACCAAUUUCAGUAGAAUACAAGACUGCUCUAAAAGGUGGCAGAAAAGUAAAGGAAAUUUCACUUCCAUACAGAAAUCAAGUCCCAAGUAAAAAAGCUACAAAAUGCACUCAAGGAGCAGCAGCAUGGAAACUUUAUCUGAGUCUAUACCCCUGGAACAAAGGAGGGUAGAUUUGUCAAAUACUGGAACGGUUAAACAGAAAAAGACACAAAAAGAAAGCAAUCUCCCCAGUGAAACUGCAACCAUUAAAAGAAAUCACAGAAUCAGCAAGAAUCACCAAAGCUUCUUACAACAAGGAAAAGAUAUCUCGCGGGAUGAUCUUGUGUUCCUUCUCAGUAUGCUUGAAGGAGAACUGCAGGCAAGAGAUGAAGUCAUUACAGUUCUGAAAGCUGAGAAGAUUGAUCUGGCUUUGCUAGAAGCCCAGUAUGGCUUUGUCACACCACUGAAGGUUCUACAAGCUCUACAACGGGAUUCAAUUCAAGCCAAGACAGGCCAGUGGCAGGACGAUGUCUAUGAAAAACCCAUGGCAGAGUUGGACCGACUAAUAGAGAAACAGAAGGAAACUCACAGGCGCAUGCUGGAACAAUUACUUAUGGCUGAAAGAUCGCACAAGCAAAGUAUUUAUGAGCUGGAAGAUGAAAAAAGGAAGCAUGCAGAAUACAUGGAGAAAAGUGAUGAAUUCACCACCCUUCUGGAACAGGAGUGCGAGCGAUUAAAAAAACUGAUAGAACAAGAAAAGGUAUACCAUGCAAGAAAGGACAAAGACAACAAUAAGAAGACCAGCAGGCUAAAGGAGGAACUGAUUAAACUGAAGUCAUUUACAUUAAUGAUCGUGGAUGAGCAGCAACUACUGAAUGAACAACUAAAUCAGCAAAACCAGAAAAUUAAGGAGUUAACAGCCACUGCCAAGGAAGCUCAGGAAAAACUCUUAGCUGCAGAAUCAAGAGGUCAGGAAGAAGAACAAAAAGUGCUGAGGCUUGAAUUCGACCUCCAGAAACAGGCCAGUAAGUUCUCUCAAGAUCAAGAAGCAAUGAUGGCCAAACUAACCAACGAGGACAGUCAAAAUCGACAGCUGCGACUAAAACUGGCGACACUCAGUCGGCAAAUUGAUGAGCUAGAAGAAACAAACAAGUCUCUCAAAAAAACAGAAGAAGAACUACAGGAUCUGAGGGAGAAAAUCAACAGAGGAGAAUGUGGGAAUGCCAGUCUAAUGACAGAAGUUGAAGAGCUUAGAAAACGAGUGCUAGAAAUGGAAGGGAAAGACGAGGAGUUAAUUAAAAUGGAAGAGCACUGUAGGGACUUAAAUAAGAAAUUAGAAAAGGAAGCAACACACAGCAAAAACCUGAAAGUUGAAGUUGACAAACUGAACAAAAGAAUCAUGGAAUUGGAAAAGUUAGAAGAUGCUUUCAGCAAAAGUAAACAAGAAUGUUCUAUAUUAAAAUGUAAUCUUGAAAAAGAAAGAAAUGUAACAAAGCAGCUAUCAAAUGAACUGGAUGCUUUAAAAGUAAGAAUAAGGGAACUUGAAGCCAUUGAAAGCAAAUUAGAAAAAUCAGAAUUUACACUUAAAGAAGACUUAACAAAACUGAAAACAUUAACAGUGAUGCUGGUUGAUGAGAGGAAAAACAUGUCAGAGAAAAUAAAACAAACAGAGGAAAAGUUACAAAAUGUCACUAGCCAAUUCCAAGCAGAGCAAAACAAAGUUACAUCUGUAACUGAAAAAUUAAUUGAGGAAAGCAAAAAGGCACUAAAAUCAAAAGCAGAACUAGAAGAAAAAAUGUACAGUAUAACAAAAGAUAGAGAUGAUCUAAAAAGCAAACUCAAAAUGGAAGAAGAUAAGGGGAUUGACCUUUUGUCCAAAGCAAGCAUAAUGAAUAAAAGACUUCAGUCUCUAGAAGCAGUUGAAAAAGAGCUCCUUAAAAUUAAAGCCAAGCAAGAAAACAUGAAGCCCACCAUUUCAAUACAGCAAGAAAAUAACAAAAUAAGAGAAUUAACACAAGAGGUUGAAAGACUGAAGUGGAAGCUAAAAGAUCCAAAAGCUGUACAGGAUGGCAUCAUGAAAAAUGAAGAUGCAUAUGAAUCACUAGAACACAAAUACAUCAAUGAACGUGCUCGAGCUAAGCAACUAGCAGAAGACCUUGACAUUGUGCAGAAAGAACUAGCUCGGUACCAAUUAGCAGAGAAGGCAGAGUCAAAUCAGGAGCAUAUCCUUUUAAGAAAACUCAAGGAGGAAGAAACCAAGUCCAGCCACCUUUCAAGAGAGGUAGACGCCUUGAAGGAGAAAAUUCAUGAGUACAUGGCAACAGAUGAUUUACUGUGUCGUUUAAGGGGAAACCAUGCAGUAUUACAGAAAAAACUCGUUCAGCAAGAAAACAAAAACAAAGAGUUAGCAAGAGAAACUGAAAAUAUCACUGAAGAAUUGGAGCGGUACAGACGUUUCAGUAAGAGCUUAAGACCUAAUCUAAAUGGCAGACGAAUCUCUGAUCUUCAAGUCUGCUCAAAAGAAGUUCAGACUGAUGCUAAAGACAAUGAGCCUCCUGACUACAAAAGUCUUGUUCCAUUAGAACGUGCAGUGAUAAAUGGACAAAUAUAUGAAGACAGUGAUCAGGAAGAUGACAGUCACAGCGAAGAGAAAACACAGACAGUCCAAAGGAAAUCACCUUUGCAAAACUCUGUGAACAAUAGCAGAAGAUCCUGGAUUCCGUGGAUGAAGGGUAAAGACAGUAGUCCCCAAAAUGGAAGAGUUCUUACAAAGUCAAAUGGUAAUUACGUGCAACCUGGAGAUCUUGUUCUAACUCAUACACCAGGUCAUCCUCUUCAUAUAAAAGUGACUCCAGACCAUGGACACAACUCUGCUACUCUUGAAAUUACUAGUCCCACUACUGAAACUCCUCACUCUUAUACCAGCACAGCAGUGAUCCCAAACUGUGGCACUCCAAAGCAAAGGAUCACAAUAAUUCAAAAUGCUCCUUUAACACCAGUUAAAUCAAAAGCAUCAGAUGGCUAUUCCACACCAGAUCGGGCCAUGUCACCCUUUACACUGUCAGCCUACUCUCGGACUAAGACUCCAGAUUCAUAUGGCUCAAUCACACCUGAAAGGACAAUGUCACCUAUACAGAUCGUUGCUGUUUCAAGUUCUUCAAACUCACCAGAUAGAGUACUUUCUCCAGAGCCAGCAGAAAUUAGUGGGAAUCAUGCAGUCUUUCGAGUACCCCAAGAAAGACAGUCUGGAUGGCACCUCCAGAGGUCAAACAGCACUGGUCCCAAUGUAAUUACUACAGAGGACAACAAAAUUCAUAUUCAUUUAGGAAACCCCUACAUGCAGACUAUUACUAAUAUUCCAAGAACCAUAAGUCCUUCCACUCCAGUACAGGAAAAAAGAACUAUAUCAUUAACUAAUGGAACACCUCCUAAACCCAGCAAUAAAAUCACCAGCAGUAUUACAAUCACACCAACAGCCAAUCCUCUCCCACGUCACUCACAAAUUACAGUAAGUAAUGCCUAUGACUGACACCCCUACCCUACCCUAUCAACAGCAGUAACUACAACCCUACCCUUUUUAUUUUACCUUUGCAAGAAUCACUGACAAACCUCUUUUGUUGCUGGGAGAAGUUUGUGCAUGACCCUAUUCAUCAACAAAUGGAACAAUCAUUUAUGUUUCGCCUAUUUAGUACUAUUGUGUGCACUUACUGUAUACAUUUUACAUUUAAAUACAUGUACUGAAACUAUGUAGUCUGCGCACCUGUGUAGAUGUAAAAUUAUGUAUUUCAUAUACCAUAUCAUGCCAUAUUGUGACUGCUAAAUGUUUUGAAAAAGUUUUUAACACUAAAAUCACAGUAAAUGAUGGAUUUACUGUUUUCUUAUUA